AUCGCAGUGCAUGUUACUGUAUUCAUUUUUUCUUAUCAUGUGCCAUUAUUUUGCACGCAAUGGAAACUUUCAUUAGCCACAAACAUAGAUACAUUGCAUCAAAGGAAUAGCCACCUGACUUCGGAUCAUAAUGGGAAAUUAGUAUGAAAACUGGAGAUAAACUUCUAGUUUUGAAAAUAAAGAUUGUAUACUUCACAUUUGCCUCCCGCUGGUGAGAAGUUCAUGGUGAGUUAGCCUUUUCGUAUUUUCUACUUGAUUACUUUCCUGGACAAAUCUAUUGUCCAAUUCCAAACCCUCGAUAAACUUUUAUAUUGAUUCUGUCCCUAAAACCAAUCAAGGAGACACCUUUGUCCGCCAAUAGAAAAUCCCUCCACCUUCUUCACUACCCAAUCAGAGACAGUAACUUAUCCCUUCUGACGCUGACCAAUCAGAAAAUAAGACUCAAGGAAAAUAAAAGUCUCUAACAUUCUUCCUGAAGGACACUCGUCGCCUGCACAUCUUUGGCGGUGCUCCCUUCCACCCUGUCCCGAGCUGAAAUGCAGCGGGCAGAGUGGCGGCGGCGCGUGCGUCCCACCGGAGCCUGGGAGCGAGCUGGCUUCGUGUGGAUGUGGGUGGGCGGCAUGUCCCUCCGCGCUAUUGCUCGUUGCACCGGCGCCAGCGUCACCACCGUCUACCGAUGGAUACGGCGGUGGCAACGGGAGGGACACGUUCUCACCAGGACACGGGGAUGUAAACCCCGCACGUGGAAUUCUCAGAGAUCAAUCGUCAGACACAAUAGGGAUGAGAAGGGACGUCAAGGAGUGAGCCUUUGUUCUCACGAUUUUAACCAGUCUAGUUUCACAGAUUCCUGCAAGUACGUGUUUCUGAAGACACAGGACAAAGUCGACAUAGAGACGGCAGCGAUGCCGGUGUCCAACCAAGCCCGGCCUGGUCCUCAUUCUUCAGGUAUCAUGUGCCGCGACACGCUGCACGAUGACUGGCCCAGCCUUAGCGACCUCGCCUCCCCGCUGUCCCUCACCCCAAUGCAGGGAACAUUUUACUCUCCUCCCCCGGGAACCACACAUGAGCCCGUCUCUGUGAGGAACCAUCACAGACUUGCCUUGGCUUCCUUCAUGGACUAUUUGCAGCUCCGCGAGGGUGCGAGUAAACAACUGCCGCUAAUGAGUGACUACGAGCACAAGAAGCGAUGCAUUGAAGAGUCCAUGUACCUAUCAAAGGCUGCGUAAUGCAGUAAAAUAAAAUGUCUUUUUAGUAUACGUAUUUAAAUAACGUUAGUGUGAAAACUUAACCGAAUCCGUAAGGAAAAUUAACAAUGUAAUUACAAUAUAUUAAUGAUGCGAUCUUGCGAUGUUUAAAUAAAGUCACGUGAAUAAA